CCGGGUCUCUUCUGUAUCAGAACCGGUUCUGGUCCAGCUGGGUCCUGCCGUUUGCCGGUGGGGGGUCGAUGAGGCCUCGUGAUUACCCAGACUCUGCUGGGGUCACAGAGCUGCUCCACCGCGACCCCUGCUGGAUCCUGAACGACAUUACAACCUGAAACACAGAUUCAGUGACUUCGUACAUGUAAAGUUAUAAAAGUCAUCGUGUUUAUGUUGUAUUAUUUGUUUCUUAAUCGAAGUUUAACAUAUCUCUGCUUUUAUGCUUAUUAAAUAAUGUGAUUUCUCAUAACAUAAAAACCAAAGUGAAAGUUCUGUGAAUGUGACGGCGCUGAUGUUGUAUUUGAGGCAGGGACGUUUUUAAUAUAAAGAUUUAUUGAGGUGAUGACGUUUGAUGGAAGUUCCUCCACCCGUCACGUGGUGCUGGAGAGGCAGGUGAGCAUCAAGCCUGCAGGGACGCUGGUGGAGGUCUGGGCUGGUGGUCUGCCUGCUGCAGGUCAUCCGAGAACAAAGUGGGAUUUUAGUUCCAGUCGUGGUCAAAAAUGAGUCGAUGCAACAUUUAAAAUGAAGAACGUUCUGCAGCGGGUGGACGUGCAGAAGAAGAGCUACUUCGACGUGUUCUACCGAGCAGCUCCCGUCCCGGAUUCUCCUGACCCAGCAGUCCGGUUCAGACCGGUUCAAGAUGGCGGCCCUGUUGAGACCCCUGAGGAUCUUUCUCUCCACCAAUCACUGCGCAGCGACCUGCCGCUGCUCAAGCUUUGUGUCCAGAAUGAGGCUGGUGAACAGGCUAAAGGAGGACGAUGAGUUGUGCGUUGCUGCCCUGCAGGACGGCGUCUUCUUCCUGUUCCACCGUCUGAGUCCUCUGCUGCAUCGCGGCAACAACGGAACCUUCAGGCCCAUCCCGCUCACUUGCUCAGAUCUGCAGUCAGUCUUGCAGAGAUUUGGUUCUGAUGGGUCCCUGCUGAAGGCGUCGGUUCUGAUUGGCUGUUCUGAACAGAACCAGGCUCAGUUCUGCCUGGAUGUCGGAGAACUGGAUCAGGCAUGUGUAGCCGAGGCGUGUCGGGGAACCUUUAUGGAUCUGAGGAAAGCCUUCUUCCUUCUACCAGCAGCUGAGUCGCCUCUAGUAGCCAAGGGCCAGGCACUGCUGCGCUGGCAUCAGACAAAUAGGUUCUGCAGCGCUACCGGCCAGCCAACUGUCCGGAACCAGGCUGGCAGCCAGAGGGUCUGCAGCAGCAACGGGUCCAUCAUCUACUACCCGAAGAUGUCUCCGGUGGUUAUCGUCCUGGUGUCUGAUGGGACGCGCUGCCUGUUGGGCCGUCAGGCCUCUUUUCCACCAGGCCUCUACAGCGCUCUGGCAGGUUUCUGUGACAUGGGUGAGACUCUGGAGGAGGCUCUGUGCAGGGAGGUGGCAGAGGAGGUUAGUCUGGAGGUCCAGAGCAUCUCGUACAGUUCCUCGCAGCACUGGCCGUUCCCUCACAGCUCCUUCAUGUUGGGCUGCCAUGCCACCGUUAGCCCCGCCCACAUUCAGCUGGACGUGGACCGCUCUGAGCUAGAGGACGCUCGCUGGUUCACUCUAGAGGAAAUCACCUGCGCUCUCCAGGUGAAGACUCCACCCAGAAGAGGUGACCCCCCCACCGUCUGGCUGCCCCCCCAACAGGCCGUGGCCAAUUACCUGAUCACGGAGUGGUGGGACCGCCAGCGACGCAGCGAGAACUCAGCCUGACGUCUGAACACAUUGGAGAGCAGAUGACAGCCCCGACCCCUCUUCUGGCUCCGCUCCUCGUGCAGAUAUAAGAUGGCCAUUUCUGUUGCAGCUGUCCAGCCUAAGGGUCACAUGACCUCCACACCUGAUCCUCAGAAGAAAAGGCUCACUUAUACCUUCAUAGAAGAGGGGGUGGGGCUGAGGGCGGGGCCAGGUCCACAUGUACCUUACAGGUGUUUAUCAGAUGUUUUCCAGGUUUUACUUUUUAAUUUUUUUUACUUUUAGUUUUAAUAAUGCACCAGCUCCACCUGGACUCCAUUGCCUUUUCUGAUUGGUCCCACAGCAAAAUGAGCUGAGACUCGGACAAAGUUUGCGGUGGUUCUGAUUUGUUCUGACAGAGGAGCCAUUCGCCUGAAGAUUCUGGUCCCCGGUGGACCUCCAGAGUCCUGCGUAGAUGGGGCGGACCUCACCUGAGCCACUGUUGCACUGGGAUGGACCAGAGGCCUUGUGAUGGACCGAGCAGUGAAGGACAGACAGGCACAGAAUUUCAAAACAGGGCUUUUAUUUUCACCGACAAGUAUCUAAAACAGUUUAGUAAUAAAUGAGUAAUCGGCUGUAAAAGAGGUCAGCGUAACCAAACUCCAACAGCUGGAGGCAAAAAUAACGCUAACAAAUGAAGCGACCCCCCCGAACAUUGUGCCGGCUCCGCCCCGUGGCCACCUGCUGGUUCCCACGGCGACAACUCUGGAAAACAAAAUAAAACACCACAAUAUACACACGGCAAUUUCACAGUAAAUGUGACGUUAAUGAUUAAAUUCAAAUAAAUCAUACAUUGGUCCAUAAAUUAAACCAUAAAUCUGAUUCGUUGUCGUCAUGGAAACUAGCUUUGAUUUAUAAAAAUGUUUGUUCAAACAUUUUCAGUCUAAAAUCUGUAACUCCAGGAAGUUUAAAUAAAAACUGAAUUUAAAGCUU